AUGAGCCCUAGGGAAGUGAAUACUACAGAGGAUGACCAAAAUCCUCCCAAGUUCCGAAGCAAAAUCUUGGAGAGGGUUCUUCACAAGGCACUAGCUAACACAACUCAAGAAUUGAACUCUACGAAAUUUGACAUGUGCUAUCCUCAGAUAAGCGCAAACGAUGUAGGUAAACGGCACCUUCAAGUAGCCAGGGAGCAAAUGAUAACAUUCUGGGAGACCAGCGCAGUGACUGAGUUUGAUAAGAUAUUCAAAGAAAGAAAUGUUGAGAGUAAAUUGGAUGAACUAGAUAAGUUAAUAUGGCAAGCGCAAAAGAGAAAGAAUACUGGUGCUGUAGAGGAAUCUCUAAAUCUAGAGGACUUAACACCCGAGAAACUUAUUCAAAGUCAAACUAUACAAGAGCGGAGAGAAUUGAGAGAUAACUUGCGGUCGCAGGUCAACUUGUUGGAAACGCAGACGCAACAACUUUUAGGGGAUUUCGAAGAAGAAGCUCAAAACUCCAGUGAAACAAUAAACUCCAUAGAUGCGAAACUGGCACAUCUGAAUACGCUACUAUCAUUGAUGGAGAGCGAAUCACAACCUCCAUUGAGAGAGCGACUGGGCAAACUGGUAGACGGUACGAUAUAA